UUCUAGACUGAUACACUGUAGGGUGCCAUGAAGCAUUUAAUAACCCUCACAGUAAUAGUACCAGGACUUGCUGCUUGAGUAAUCAGUAUGUACUUACCAAUAUAGCUAGAAUAACUAUCGCACUAAGUAGCGUUGGUCAUCACUCUCUUCUGACUACAAUAUCCUCUAGGCAGCAAUGCAUCAGCUUUCAGGAUACAUAUAUUCUUUGCCAACAUCUUGUGAAUGGUAAUUUCUCUCCGACUCACCCAAACUCGACAAUGGAUCAGUCUAUGAAGCCCCUUCUCGCACCCACAGAACAGCCACGUCGACAUCUUACGGCUUCUACCAUCGCCUUUGUCCUCCCAAAUCAAUUCAGUCUCGGCACGCUCCUUUGCAUCGGUGCUCUUCUGCAGAUCAUCCUCUGCGCCAUCCUCCCCCUCCGCUAUGCCGCCAUCCCAUGUGCAACUAUCCUCCUCAUAUCCAUUCUCACCACGAUCCAAAACUACUUCCAGCCGAAAACAAAUCCUUUCAUGGCCGACGUCGUUCCCGGAAGAACCACCGCGCAAAUCCCAGGCCAAGAUGGAAAAUACGGCCCGGAGCCAGGCAAGGGCUCCGUGGUAGUGUUCCACCUUGGAAUACAAUACAAUCACCCCCUGGGGAUCUUUGCGCCGCACAUGCUCGAAAUCUCGAACAAGUUCAUGGCCAUGCAACAGGAUAUACUCCGCCGCAAGGACGAGCUGGGCCUGCUGGCGGUUCAAACCUGGCGAGGCAGCGAGCGCAGCUCCAAUAACACCACCCUGAUAAAGUAUUUCUUCAAAGACGUCGAAAGUAUUCAUAAAUUUGCCCACGAACCGCUACAUAAGGAGACUUGGGCGUACUAUAACCAGCAUCACCCUGGCCAUGUGGGUAUCUUCCAUGAGACGUAUAUCACGAAGGAUGGCGGAUAUGAGAACAUGUAUGUAAAUUGCCAUCCCAUUCUGCUUGGAAGAGGUGAGGUGAAGGUCAAUUGUCGCAAAGGCGGCACAGAAGAGUGGACAGGGACACUGGUCAGUGCGGAUACACCGGGUUUGAAGUCUUUUAAAGCGAGAUUGGGUAAACAUGAUUAAAGCUGGAGGGCUGUCCUCCCUUCCAAUGACAAAGUUGCGCCACUUCGGAUACACGUGCUACGUAGACCUGACAGGCGAAUGAUCCCUUAUCCAGUAGCCCUUCUGACUGGUCUCCACUCGCCCAUAUCCUUAGUUUUUUACUUCUCCAUUUGCAUCUCCAUUUGAAAGUCCGUUGGCCUUUCCGUUGGCAACCUCUGGUAUGGGAAUUGGCCCGCCUGGUGAGUUCUCCAGUCUCGCCGUCAAAACCUCGACGCCUGUCUCCGUAACAAGCAGAGUAUGUUCGAAUUGUGCCGUCCGCUUCCCAUCCACCGUCACAUUUGUCCAGUCAUCUGGCCAAUACUUUUCUCGGUUGCCGCCCAAAGCUAGGAUCGGUUCAAUGGUG